GAAAGGAAGAGAAAAAAAACGCGAAAGAGUCUGGUGCUUCAGAAGGAACGAAAGAAGAAUUGAGACGGGGAAAGACUAAAUCACUAUGCCGAAGCAAGCGGGUAAAAAAUUGGCCAAGAUGACCGAGGAGGAACGCCUGCUGUAUAUGCAGCAGAAGUUGCUGGAGGAAGAGGAAAUGCAAAAGAAGAAAGAGGACAUGCUGAGCCAAUUCUUAAAGGACAAACUGUCGAAAGAAGAACACAACACCCGUCUCAACACCCUGAAGCUAAAUGAGAAAUGGCGCACUGUGAUGCGAGAGGCAAAAGCUACAGACCUGCGGAAAGACAUUGAGAUCUUGAGUCAAACCUUUGAAAGAAUUGUCGAUCGGAAAGACAGUGUCAUCAGGGCUUUAACAAAGGAUUUGGAAGAGGCAGAGGAGCAGUACGCAACAGCCAUGCGUAACCACAUUCAAAACGUGGAUAAGUUGGUGGACCUGCAGCGGAGUAGACUGGUCUUAUUAGAGAAUGAGUUUGAAGCAGAGUUGGAGUCACUGAAAGAAGAAUUUGAUGUUGAGAGAGAACAGAUGAUCGCACAACAUGAGCAUGAGAUGACCAAUCUGGAGGAUAUCAUGUACGCAAUGGACCAAAUCUUUGGUGAGGUCUCAAAUGAUGCCCGGCAAGAAUUUAACAGUACAAGGGAAGACCUCAAAAACAAGAGUCUGGAGGAGAAGCAUUCACUCCGGGUUUAUCUGGAAGGAUUAGUGGAAGACUUGUGGAUGCAGUUCCAGCUUGCACUGAAGAACUACAUUGAUGCAACCGAGGACCGGAAAAUGGCAUUCGAAACACUCAAGUCACGCGAUGAGAAGAGUGCAAAAGAGAUUGAGAUGCAAAUGAAAAAGCUGCAGAGAAUGCAAGAUACAAUAGCAGCACUGAAGAUUAAGAUAGCGGCCAAUUCACGAAAGUGUGAGGCAGAAAAUAAAAAACUGCGGGAUGAAAAGGAUGCGAUAAAGCAGCACUUUCUCAUGCAGAAAAGCCAGAUGAAUUACCUCAGAGCACGAGAGCAUGAGCGUCUUGUCAAACUGACCCUCGAGAGUAACGCUGCAACCAAAGUACUGAAGAGUGUCUGUGCUAAGGGUGAACACAUACUGAAAAUGGCAGAGAUGUGCAGGAAACUGGAAACGGAAGAAGAGAAGGUUCUUCCAUUCUACGCAUCCUCUCUGACCCCAGACGAAGAGAAAAGGGUUCAGACUGUAAUGAUCAAGAAGCCAUGCGAGGCACUCGCUGAGGUGAUGAUGAACUAUAUGGCCCUGGAGCAUUUCUGGAAGCGCUACAAUAAGGUCCUCUUAGACCAGAUGGUAUUAGAACAAGAGAAACAUGCCUUACUGCAGGAAAACAUGAAUCUUCGGCAACUCCUCAAGCAGUACUUAGAUGGAAUCUCAGUCAAUGAAGAAAUCCUAUCAAAUCUGAACCCCCUCAUUGUCAUCAACAACAAAACUAAUGUGAAAAUGAAUAUACCUGUGAUAGAAUCUGUAGCCUCAAAGCCAGUUUACAAUGUGAUCGAGGCUGCACAUAUCAUUGAUCACACAGUCUAACAAUCACUUCAGUUCAUAUCUAAAUGUGUCUGUCUUUUUAUUUAAAUUUAUUGACUGGUGCCUAACCGAUAUGGCCAUUUAACCAUCCCCCCCCUUAAUUAUCGAGCUAAAUAACUACU